AGAGUCUCAGCAUCGACAUGGGCAGCAGUAUUCUUUCUCGGCAUGACGUUCCUUCCGUCGAUCACUUUCUCACUGAGUACCUUUGUCCCUGUCGGAACGACAGUCGCCCUGAAACUUCAGGGCAAUACAAACAAUGUUAAUUGGCUCGCUGGCGGGUGGUCCUUGAGCGGGAGUGUCGCCUUUGCCAUUGCUGGUCAGCUGAGCGAUUAUAUGGGUCGGAAGCAGGUCGUGUUUACCGGUCAAGUGUUGCUGCUUAUAGGACACCUCGUUGGUGCUACUGCCCAGGGCCUGAAUCAAAUAAUUGCUGCGAUGGUAAUCAUUGGAGCCGGUACAGGAAUUGUUUUUGUAAUCUAUGCGAGUAUAUCAGAAAUACUUCCUAACAGAUGGCGGCCAUUCGGAAUUGCUUCACCCGAGUUCCUCUUAUGUGUUGUGGGUUCUUUUGGCCCAGUGAUGGCUAGAAAACUUACCCAGAGUGUUACGUGGCGAUGGGUCUUCAUUAUUGGAGAAAUUACUGGCCUUAUUGCUACGGCCGGGACAUUAAUCUUCUACAAGCCCCCUAGCCGGACGUUUCAGGAUCGCACAAAAAUCCAGGUUCUAUAUGAGCUGGAUUAUCUCGGCAUAUUUCUCUACGCGGCAGGAGUAACGCUCUUCCUUCUUGGUCUAGGCUGGCCCGGUAUUACGUACCCUUGGAAAAGCGCUGCAGUAAUCACGCCUAUCACACUUGGCGGCAUCUUUUUCCUGUGCACUUUCGUCUGGGACUUUAGCGGCCGUGUUGGGAGACCGCUUUUCCCGUAUCGAUUGAUGAGUAAAUUCCCUGAAUUUACUUCGCUCCUUAUAAUAAACUUUUCCUCCGGACUCGCACAUAUCGCUCUAGCCAAUUUUGUGCCCCAGCAGAUUCAACUUGUGUUUACGUCUGAUCCCACUCUUGCUGGAUGGUUCAAUAUUCCAGCUGGUCUUGGGACCUUUAUUGGCGGCUUUGUGCUCGGUAGUCUGGCCCCCAAAUUCAAACACUUUCCUCUGCAGCUGCUUAUUGCCAAUGCGAUCCAGGCUUUAGGUUGCGGUCUUUUAGCCAUCGCCACGCCUAAUCGAAUUCCUGCAGGUUUGAUUAUUCAGGGAAUUGCCAAUGCUCCCUUUGCGUGGACUCUUGUCCUCAGCUACACCACCGUGGGACUUCAUGUUCCUCAACGAGACAUUGGUUUGGCGCUUGGCCUACUCGGCGCCUCUCGAUAUCUUGGAGGAGCAAUAGGAUCCACCUUGUUCAAUACCAUCCUCCGCGCUAGAGCAUCCGAAAGUAUUCCGUUGAGGGUUUUGGCGGCUGUGGAACGUUUUAACUUACCUCUGUCCCGCGUGGAUGGCCUGAUAGUAGCACUAUCAUCCAGUAAUGCCACCAGUUUGGCCACAUACCCUGCAAAUGUUGUCGCCGCUGGGACACUGGCGAUUCGUUGGGCAUACAGCGAUUCAUUAGCCUAUGUCUGGUAUGCGUCUAUACCCUUCUGCGUCAUAGCUUGUCUUGCCUGCCUAUUUGUCCGAGACCCCUCGCCUUAUCUGACGAACCAUACUGCCGUU